UUUGUUUGAAUGUUAUUACAGAAAUUUCAUUGCGGUCUGUGUUAAAGAAGGAUAUACAGCCGACUCCACUUAUAACGAAAUCGCUUAUAGCGAAUUAUCUUUUAUAGCGAACUUAAUCAGUAUCCGGAUUAGGACAGUUUCUAUAUACUUAUAUCUCUAACAAACGAACCAUGUCACAACAAACAAAAGCGACAAUACCAGUCAUUGACCUCGAACCAAUAAGCAUCCGUCAUGAUUCCGAUGAAAUAGACAGAGAUACUUUGGCAGAAAAAGGAAAUGAGAUGAAAAACGCUUUACAAACUUAUGGAUUCUUUUAUGCUAAAAAUCACGGCAUUACAGCAAACCUGGUCGACAAUGUACUGGCAUCCGCGAAAAGCUUUUUCGAAAAGGAUGAGCAAAGUAAAAAGCGCCAUUUCCGUGGAGCGAAAGGUGAGCUUGGUUGGAUUAGAAUGGAAUCCGAAAAGUCAGAUCCUGAUUCACCAGGCGAUUUAAAAGAGAGCUUUAAUUACCAUCCUACAGACGAUAGGAAUAUCUUCUUGCAAUCAGAUUUUAAUCAAAAUUGUAAAAGUAUGUAUUCAUUGUGUAGCAAACUGACGUAUAAUGUAACAGACGCUCUCUCCAUUGCACUUGGUUCUGGACACAGAAUUUUAAGAGAAGCAUAUCAACAACUCGGUCUCAAGGGUAACCAAACUUUAUUCCGAAGUUUAAUGUAUCCACCAAUUCCUCCCAACCAUGACGUGAAACCUGGCCAGAUUCGACUCGGAGAGCACACAGAUUACGGGAUGGUCACUUUUCUUUUCCAAGAUGACGCUGGGGGCCUAGAAAUGAACACACCAAACUUAGGUUACGUACCUGUUACCCCCAUUCCUGAAACAAUCGUUGUUUUUGUCGGUUUGCAAAUGCAAAUCAUCACAGGUGAUGCACUGGUCGCUCCAAAACAUAAAAUUCUCUUUCCUGUAUCUGAGGCGGAAGCUAGAAAGCGUCGACAAUCAGCAACGUUUGCUCUCCGGGCAGACGACAAUUUCGUACUUAAAUCCCUAGACGGAUCGCAGAAAUAUAAACCAGUCUAUUCUUCGGAAUAUUUGGAUCAUCGCCAAACGGAAGUUAUUGUAUAGCAUGUAUUGUUACAACAAGUAUACACCUACAAACAGUCUACACGUAGUUUUCAAAAAUAAAUGACAUCUAAGAGCCAGUU